GAAGAAGAAGAAGAAGAAGAAAACAAACAAACAAGGAAGAAGAGAAGAGUGUUUAUACGUUACAACUCUCUCUGAUCUGAUUUUUUGGGCUUCUGCGAAAGUCCCCAAUCAUCACCAGCAUCUCGAUCUUCGCACCGAUUCUGUUGCGGUUCCAGAUUCUCCGGCGAUUUUCCCGACACCAGCGUUGUUGCUUUUUCCGGCAUCCGUCUCCGGCGAACUCCGAUCUUGCUUUUCUCUCUCUCUCACCCGUACUUCGCUGUAAGUUCGUAUUUUGUAUAGAAAUGAUGGGAACCCCGAAAACGCCGUUAAAUAAGAUAGACAGAGGCAUUUCCUCCACUCCUGGCGGGUCUAGAGUUAAAGAGGAGAAGAUACUUGUUACUGUUCGGAUGAGACCAUUAAAUGGGAGGGAACUUUCCAAAUAUGAUCUUAUUGCGUGGGAAUGCCCAGAUGAUCAGACCAUUCUCUACAAGAAUCCAAAUCCUGAGCGCCCAGCAGCAAGAUACUCGUUUGACAAAGUUUUCGAGCCAACCUGCUCAACCUUGAAGGUUUAUGAAGGUGGGGCUAGGGACGUCGCACUGUCUGCUUUGACAGGAACUAAUGCAACUAUAUUUGCUUAUGGUCAGACCAGCAGUGGCAAGACAUUUACAAUGAAAGGCAUCACUGAAAACGUUGUUAAAGACAUGUAUGAACACAUAAGAAAAACUGAGGAAAGGAGUUUUGUCUUGAAAUUAUCUGCUUUAGAGAUCUACAAUGAGACUGUGAUUGACCUUUUAAAUAACGAUACCGGACCCCUACGACUGUUAGAUGAUCCGGAGAAAGGAACCAUGGUAGAAAAUCUUGUUGAAGAAGUCAUAGAGAACGGGCAACACUUAAAGCAUUUAAUCAGCAUCUGUGAAGCUCAUAGACAGGUUGGAGAAACAGCUUUAAACGAUAAAAGUUCAAGAUCACAUCAGAUUAUUAGGCUGACCAUUGAGAGCAGUCUCAGGGAAAAAGAAGGCCGUGUGAAGUCUUUCUUGGCAACUCUGAACCUUGUUGACCUUGCUGGAAGUGAACGUGCUACUCAAACAAACGCAGCUGGUAUCAGAUUAAAGGAAGGAAGCCAUAUAAAUCGUAGCUUAUUGACACUAACGACAGUCAUCAGAAAACUGAGUUCUGGGAGAAGAAGCGACCAUGUGCCAUACAGAGACUCAAAGCUCACGAGAAUCCUGCAAAAUUCACUUGGUGGGAAUGCAAGGACUGCAAUUAUCUGCACUGUCAGUCCAGCUUUGAGUCAUGUUGAGCAGACCAAAAAGACAUUCUCAUUUGCCACGAGCGCAAAAGAAGUCACAAACCGCACUAAAGUAAACAUGGUUGUCUCGGACAAAACACUGUUAAAACACUUGCAGCAAAAAGUGGCAAAACUUGAAUCAGAGUUAAGAAGCCCAGAACCGAGUUCCUCUUCCUGCUUAAAGUCUCUGUUACUAGAAAAAGAGAUGAAAAUCCAGCAGAUGGAGAUGGAGAUGAGAGAAUUAAAACGUCAAAGAGACCUUGUUCAAUCUCAACUUGAUCUAGAAAGAAAAGCAAAAGAGCCGAAGAGUUCAAAUGAGCAUGAGCCUUAUUCUCAAGUAGCAAGAUGUCUGACCUUCCCAACUCAGCAAGAAAAUGUCUCUAGCAAAUCUGUACGGACCAUUCGCAGAAUGAACCUUGAUGAAAGAAAGCAAAAUUUGAGGCAGUCAAUAACUUCAACAGAUCCAGUAACGCUUGUCCAGGAAAUUCGUCUUCUUGAAAAGCAUCAAAGGAAGUUGGGGGAGGAAGCAAGCCAAGCACUUGAGCUAAUUCACAAGGAAGUGACGUCUCACAGAAUGGGUGAUCAGCAAGCAGCAGAGAAAAUUGCUAAAAUGCUGUCAGAAAUUCGUGACAUGCAAAAGAUUAGCCUUGUGUCAGAUGAAAUCGUAGUUGGUGACAAGGCCAACUUGAAGGAAGAGAUAUCCCGGUUGAACUCUCAAGAAAUUGCAUCUCUGGAAAAGAAGCUUGAAAGUGUUCAGAAGUCUAUCGACAUGCUUGUCUCCUCGUUUCAGACUGAUGAACAGACCCCAGAGUUUGGGACCCAGAUGAAAAAGAAGAAAGUUCUUCCUUUCGGCUUAAGUAACAGUCCAAACAUACAACAUAUAAUUCGGGCACCGUGUUCACCCCUUUCAUCUUCUCGGAGGACAACAGGAUAUGAUACCGAGAAUAAGGCUCCUGAGAGCAGUGAUGUCUCUGCUAAUUCAGCACCUAUAGUGUUUAGAUCUACGCCACCAAAGAGAGAUGACAGUCAAAGUCGCACUCCAUCAAGGGAAGGGACUCCCAUUGCACGGCAAGCAAAUUCGGUUGAUGUUAAGAAAAUGAAGCGUAUGUUCAAGAAUGCUGCUGAAGAGAAUAUCCGUAACAUCAAAGCAUAUGUUACUGGACUGAAAGAGAGGGUUGCAAAGCUUCAAUAUCAGAAGCAGCUCCUUGUUUGCCAGGUGUUAGAAUUGGAGGCAAACGAGGCUACUGCAGCUCUCGAGUCUGAUGCAAUGGAAGAAUCCCAAGUGCCUUGGCCAUUAUGUUUUGAAGAACAGAGAAAACAAAUCAUCAUGUUAUGGCAUCUAUGUCACAUCUCCAUCAUCCACAGGACACAGUUCUAUCUGUUAUUCAAAGGAGAAGAAACCGAUCAAAUUUACAUGGAUGUCGAGCUUCGUAGGCUGACAUGGUUGGAACAGCACUUGGCUGAGCUUGGCAACGCCAGUCCUGCUCUGCUUAGCGACGAGCCUGCAAGUUAUGUAGCAUCAAGUGUAAGAGCUCUGAAGCAAGAGAGGGAGUAUUUGGCGAAGAGGGUGAACUCAAAGCUAACAGCAGAGGAAAGGGAGGCGCUGUACAUGAAAUGGGAAGUGCCUCCGGUAGGAAAGCAGAGGCGAAAUCAAUUCAUCAACAAGCUUUGGACAAACCCUCAUGACAUGGAGCACGUGAAGGAGAGCGCCCAAGUCGUGGCAAAGCUCGUCGGUUUCUGUGAUGCGGGCGAGAACGUGGUGAGGAAAGAGAUGUUCGAGCUGAAUUUCGCCAGUCCCUUGGAUAAGAAGACGGGGAUGGGUUGGAACUUCAUUUCGAAUCUGUUGCAUUUAUAGACUUUUUUUUUUUUUUGUAUUUGGAGUUUCGAGUUUAUGAGAUCAGGUGAGAUGAGUUUGUUUCUCACUGUGAAUCAUUCACCUGUGUAUUGUCAGCAGCUAAUCUUCUCAUGCCAAAAGCUAGUAAAUGUGUCGGUCCAUCCACAAAA